AAUUUUCAAUUUUACUUCAUUUUGCUGCUAGUUAAAUUAGACUAUCUAACCAAAGAUAAAUUACAUUCUAUUGGUUGUCUUAAGUCACAACAUAAAAAAAAUAAUAGGUACUCAACUAAACUAGGUACAAAAUAUUAGAAAUACCUAGUGAUUAUUUCUUUUCUUAUUGUUCAUUUUCUGUCUAGUCUCGUUAAAAAGUGUUUAUUAUUAUUUUUUAAAUUAGUAAUGCAUCGUAACGUAAAAACAACACCAAAUCUUGGGUGGAAAAUCUCAAAUCAUCAACUUAAGUGAAUUGUUUAUUACGUAGCAUAUGUUUGUAGUGAUGGAAGUCAAUCCGUUGAAUAUAUUUUUUGUGAAGUCAGACAGCAAAGGUGAUAGAUUGUUAUUCAGAUAUCCCUAUACAACAGAAAACAAAAAUGAAAACACUGAGAAGCAAUGCGGUCGACAUAAUCCCUACGCGAUCAAUUCCACAGAAGACCUCCUACAGAAUCCUCAAUCGCAAACAUCAAAUAUUUGUAAAGGACAGUUGAGCGGGUUCACUGAUGAGAUGCUAUCAACACUGUUUGCUGUUAAGGCAGAGUUAUGUAAUAGAAAGUUUGAGCUCAAAGUUAAUGAUGUAAGAUUUGUGGGGCACCCAACAUUGCUUCCAUACAGGACUAACAAAGAUGAUACAGCUGCCAUGAUACUUAUUAACAUUGUGUUUGCACUGCAGGCCUCUGCAAGUCAUUCUAUUGUUAAAUGUUACUAUGAUUUGAGCAAAAGACUGGGUAAAGCACUGAGGCAUGAGGAAAAAAGGUGUUCAUAUUUGACUGAAGAAAUGAAAAUUAUGUUAGCUGCUCACGACGAGGUGUCGGCGUUAGAUAGUGAAAACAAUUCAGGAGAAAAUGAUGACGAGGAGGAAAACUCACGCCAUUCUGUUAGUUCCACAACGUAUGGUACAGAGAGCGAGUCAGAUUGUGCUCCGAAGUCAGCGUUCCAUCUUAUAUUGCAAAGGAGCUCGUUAGCACGAUCAAUGAAGGCUGUGUUUGAAGAGCUUAGUAGUACAGGUAUAGUACAAGUACGGAUAAAUAAAUGGGUGCUUUUAUCUUUCUGUUUGCCACAUAAAGCACAUCAAAUACACAAUAAAGGAUUAAUUAUAGAGCCGGAGACGAUAGAUAAGUGUUUACAGAAGUUGCGACCGUAUCACGGGAUUCUAUUAAUGGUGGAUCCAAAUGAGUUACUCGCCUCAAUACCACUGGACGGCAGUCCGGCGUUGUUGCGGCUUAUAAAACAUUACAGUCCGCUAAAAAGUCUGCAAACACUAGCAAUUGAGGCGGAUCUGACCCUCACUCAGGCAUUUCAGUUGACUGGUCACCUGGUGUACUGGGCGAAAGCGACCGUAAUCUACCCGCUGUGCGAGGGGAACGUGUACGUGGUGGCUCCCGGCGCCAAUAUACACAUAAACUCGCCAAUCGUACACGAUUUCGCUAAGGAAUUCCCUGGUCUCUGUUUGUUGCAGAUGCUGGGCGAGUUCUCGCUGCCGGCGCCGCUGUGGUACGUGCGGCGCGGCGCCGGCGGCGCCAACCUCGCACGCUGCGUGGCCUGGCUGCUGCGGCGCCGCCUGCUGCUGCAGCUGCACACCUACGUGCAGCUCAACUCGCCCGCCUGGCACUGCCCUCGCAACCCAGGUACGGACCUCGCACUCACACUCACACGCGGCUCUCACUGCGUGGCCUGGCUGCUGCGGCGCCGCCUGCUGCUGCAGCUGCACACCUACGUGCAGCUCAACUCGCCCGCCUGGCACUGCCCUCGCAACCCAGAUGGCAACGAAUAUUUCUGUGAAAAACACGACAUUUACAAUCAAUCGUGCAGCGUGUCGUUCUCGUCACUUAAUCAAAUGCAACUGAACGUUCCGGAACCGGUCGAGGCAAGGGACAACGUUAACAUGUUCCCAGACUCCGAUGAGGAUUACCCCACUGAGAAUAAUCUCAACCAGACAGACUUUUCGCAUACGAAACCAAUAGUAAUCGAGUCGGAUCAUACGAAAUAUGAUCAUUUCAAUGAAAUCGAUUCAGCCAAUCAUUCAUUCGAUGAAGGCAUAGACGUUGUCGAUGGCCCUGUGAAGACUAACGGACUGAACGGAAACCACGAUAAUAAAGAAAAGAAAAAGAAUCAAGGAAACUCCGUAGAUAGUGGUAUAUCAAGUAAUAUAAAUGGUACCAGUAGUAUUGCUAAUGGCCUGAAUGGUACUAUGGAACAUAUAAAUAGUGUGUCGGAGAAAAGUGAAGACAAACUAAAGGCAUUAACAACAAGCAUAACGGAUUUGUCGUUAAAAGAAAAUGACACUGCUCUGAAUACGAGUAGUGAUGAUGAUAAGUUCGAUCUAGAUAUAUCACCGAGACAGAAGAGGGCGAGUGCAAUCGUGAAUAGUGAUAAGAAAAAUGGCGUCUCACUCAAUUUGAAACUGCAAAGUGAAAUGAGUUUCCAGCAACCAACAGUGUGGAAUGUGCCAGCGAAUUGCGAGGCGGCGGAGACGGAAACGGAAACUGGUAUAAACGGGGGCACUGGCCCGGGGCCGGGGGCGGAGGCCGAGACCGAGGCGGAGGCGCUGCUGCUGACCUUCACGGCGGAGGAGCGUGCCGCACUCGCCGCCGUGCCCGCCUCUAAGAACCCUGAUGAUCUGUUACUACUGGCUCAGUUGCACAAGAAAGGUUACUUCCGUGGCGAGCAGCACUUAGAAGAAAUAAUGUUUAUGGAGAAUGUCAGUCGCUCACAGCUGAUGCAGCUUCUAGAUAAGUUCAAAGAUGUGCUCAUCACCUUCGAAACAGAGGACCCGGCCGUCGCCAUGUUGUACCCAUACUAAUAACUGAUGUUAUUCUCUCUAUUUAUAUAUAAUUUCGCCUUUUGAUUUAGCUUAUUUAAUAAAGUAUAUUUAUAAUGUCUCGUUUUCUAAA